AUGAAAAGAAGCAAAGAGUCAACUACGCAGAGCAGUGAGGAGCAAAUAGGUGCCCUUCAUUGUUGGAGAUGUAGAAAAUGCAUUGCAAGUUCUGAUUGCUUCAUGAGUCCUCUUGAGACUCAAGUGGUUGAGGACAGACAUGAAUCAGUUGAUGCUCAAAAGACUUGUCAUCUGUGGCACAUGAAUAUAGAAGCCCUUCCAGAGUGGAUAAGCUGCCUAGUACAAAAAGCCCAGUGGACAGUUGGGAAACUGAAUUGUCCUUUCUGUGGGGCCCGAUUAGGGGGCUUUAAUUUUGUCAGCACUCCAAAAUGUUCCUGCGGCCAGCUUGCAGCUGUACAUCUCUGCAAGAGCCCGACUCGUCAAGCAGCACAGGCAGGCAGCCUAAUGAGACCAGCGCAGAAACAUUUGCCACAUUCGGGAGUUCCGUCAGGUUGUGAUAAGGAAACUCUGCUGACAGGUGGUGGCUCCAAAACCAAAAACCAUAGGCUUUUAAGCAUGGCUCGAAACAAUAACGGCCUUGGAAGACUCACAGAAGCGCUCUGCCUGGAGGUGCGAGCGACGUAUUUUGAGAUGAAGAAUGAAAAACUGCUCUUCAAAGCAUCAGACCUAAAAUGCCAGUCUUUUGUUCCUCAGCCUGACACUGGCAGGUGCGCUUCAAGAGCUUCUCACAGAAAGUCACACAGUUUGGACCUGAACAUCAGUGAGAAGCUGAUUUUAUUACCCACUUUGUAUGAAAUGCAUAGUAAGCCUACUGCCUAUCCCUGCCUAAAUGAAACAGGGCCCAUUGACCUUUCGGGCUUGGCUUUACCAUGUAGUAAAAAGAGCUGCUCCUUUCAAAAGCCACCUAGUUUUGAUCCUGAUAUGCUGCUGCACAGACUUUCAGUGGCUCCCCAUGAGACCCAGGCACAAAGGGGAAGAGAAUUCCAGUGUGGCCUAGAAGCUUCUUCAGUCUACUCAGAUCAUGCUAAUGCUAACAGCCUGCCAUUCCUGAUGGAUCUGCCCUCAGCGGGGAGGAGCAUGCUGGAGGCCUCGGACCAAGAAGAACACCUCUCCCCUCUGGACUUCCUGCGCUCGGCCAGCUUCCCCUUGGGCACCAUUAACCACAGGCUGAACAACAGAGAGAGGAGCAAGUUGAGGACUCUGAGGAGGCAGCAGCGUCGGCGUGAACGAUGGCUACAGAAGCAGGGUAAAUACUCAGGAGUGGGAUUGCUGGAUCAUAUGACCUUGAGUAAUGAGAUGAGUACAGAUGAGGAGACUGAGUUCCCAGAGGAGAAGGACAGCUACAUCUGUGCAGUGUGCCUGGAUGUGUACUUCAACCCCUACAUGUGCUACCCCUGCCAUCACAUCUUCUGCGAGCCCUGCCUACGGACUCUAGCCAAAGACAACCCCGCAAGCACUCCAUGCCCGCUGUGCCGGACAAUUAUUUCUAGAGUCUUUCUCCAGACAGAACUGAACAAUGCCACAAAGACAUUCUUUACUAAAGAAUAUUUGAAAAUAAAACAAAGCUUUCAGAAAUCCAGCUCUGCGAAGUGGCCCUUGCCGAGCUGCAGAAAAGGAUUCCAUCUCUUUGGAGGAUUCCACAGGCAUGCAGCCCCAGUGACUCGGAGGCAGUUCCCACACGGUGCCCACAGGAUGGACUAUCUGCACUUCGAGGAUGACAGCCGGGGAUGGUGGUUUGACAUGGAUAUGGUGAUCAUCUAUAUUUAUUCAGUGAACUGGGUCAUUGGAUUUGUUGUUUUCUGCUUUCUUUGCUAUUUUUUCUUUCCGUUUUAGGAAUCGGCACACUCCACUAUAAUUGAACAACCAUAAACGUAAACAACAAUAGCUUGAAUAUUUUGGAAGUGUGCUUCAAAGUUUUUAUAAUGUUGCAUUAUAAAAAUUGUUAGUGUUUAUAGAAAGCCUGAGGAUAACGGAUUUAUUUAUUAAUUUCUUUCAUGUAACAACCUAAACUUUAUUCAAGAGCUGAUCUCCCAGCCAUUAGAAACAGUGCACUAUUAAUUCCAUACUUUUUACUUUAGGACUUGGGGCUCUAAUUUCACAAUGUCAUUUUUAUACUUACUAUGAUUGUAAAGACUGAGGUUUUACCUCCAUUUAAAAAUAGUAAAACAUAGAUGAAUAAUUUGGAUGGAUACCAUCAUUAUUACUAAGACGCUUAGUCAAGCACUAUGUAUUCUUAGGCAAAUGAUGUGCGUUAAAGAUAGACCAUAUUCUCUGGGAACUAAUCAAGCAGGGUAUAUUACAUUUUGAUUUCUGAAUAUCUCUACUUCUGUCUCCUAUUACCAAAAAUCUGACUAUCCUUUUGUAAAGACUUCAUAGCUUUGGUGCAACAUUUUUAACUAUUGUAAGAACGAACUAUUCCAUGCAGUAUGACUAACACCCAAUAGCUAUGUUAGAGAGCCAUAUUAACACUUUCCAAUUUCAGAAUGAAUCACUUGAGGAAUAACAAAUCUGACUUUUAGUAACCUAACUGAUCAAUGCAUGUCCAAACUGUAAUUAACCUGGUGAUUCAUUUAACUAGAAGGUUGUCAAUGUGCAAUAAAGAGUGGCUUUUACAUUU